AUGAAUUCAGAAUAAUUUAAUCCUUAAUCAUAUGAAUUAUAGAAACUAUAUUAAAUAAGGGAAACUUUACAUUAGUAAUAGAGAUUAUAAUAAUUGAAUGCCUUAUUAUAACAAUAAAGAAUGCAAAUGAUGAAUAAUUCUUAAACAUAGCAAUAAUCAUCUUUAGCAAUAAAAUAAGUAGAUUAGAUCUAUGAUUGUAAUGCAAAAAAUUAGUUAAAGUUAGCUUCUAGUAAAAAUGUCUAUUUGUUUUCUUAAAAAUUAAAAAAUAAAGAUUCUAUAUAGGAACUAAUUAAAAUGGUUAGAAUAUGUCCUUUAAAUAGUGAAUAAACACAAGAGUUGACAUCUUUAAUUGCUGAGAAAUUAUUGUAAAAAUAAUAAAAAGUUGAUUAUGCUUAGUAACAUAAUCUUAUAAUUUUACAUUUACAAAUAACAAAUAGAUUAUCUAUUGAUAUAUUAUAAUUCUAUGUAUUGUUAUUUGUAAGAUUUCCAAAUUUAUUAACAAUAGUUGGCAUAAUAGAAAAUUGGUUAUCGACUUCAGAAAAUGCUGUUGCUUAUUUAGAAGAAGUAUGUUCACAUUUCAUAAAAGAGAUAUCUGGAACAUUGGUACAAUUUGUAUGUAAUAAGGAUAAUAAGAAUAAUUAUAAAGUAAAAGUAUUAAUUAUAACAAAGGGCAGGUUAGAAAUGCUGAAAUUAUUGAUCAAGUAUAUAGGAAAUGAAGAAUUAUUAUCUGCUUUUAUUAUGUUGGAUGUUACAGAAAUGUUGGAGAAUUGUAUUGAACAUCAUUUUUAUAAGGAAACUUUCUAGGUGAUAGUAACAUUUUUUGAGAAUAGCAAUUUUAAUCAUUUUGUAAUUAAUUUAAUUAUUGUAUUUUAGAAAUCUAUAGAGAAAGCAAUAAAAAAAUUAUAUGAUAAAUUAAAUUCUGAGUAAAAAUACUAAUUGGAUUCAUUAAUUAAAGAGUAUAGAAGAAAUUAAGAAAAAAACAAAGCGAAAGCACUUAAAAAAUUAGAUGAAUUAUGA